CCGUCCCUCUCGCUGCCCUGUGGUCUGCGGCUCCCGCGUGGCCCGGAGCGAGGCCCGGCAGCCCGCGCUCGAGACCCGCGUCGCCAUGGCCGCGGUUCCCGAGGUGCUGCAGCAGCAGGACGAGGACCGAAGCAAGCUGAGAUCUGUAUCUGUGGACUUGAAUGUUGAUCCCUCGCUUCAGAUUGACAUACCUGAUGCACUCAGUGAAAGAGAUAAGGUCAAGUUUACAGUACACACCAAGACCACACUGCCCACGUUUCAGAGCCCAGAGUUUUCUGUUAUAAGGCAACAUGAAGACUUUGUAUGGCUACAUGACACUCUUUCUGAAACUGCAGACUAUGCUGGGCUUAUUAUUCCACCUGCUCCUACAAAGCCUGACUUUGAUGGCCCUCGAGAGAAGAUGCAGAAACUGGGGGAGGGCGAAGGGUCUAUGACCAAAGAAGAAUUUGCCAAGAUGAAGCAAGAGUUGGAAGCUGAAUAUCUUGCUGUCUUUAAGAAGACUGUAUCCUCCCAUGAAGUCUUUCUUCAGCGGCUUUCUUCUCACCCUGUUCUCAGUAAAGAUCGCAACUUUCAUGUUUUCCUGGAAUACGAUCAGGAUCUAAGUGUUAGGCGGAAAAAUACCAAAGAGAUGUUUGGUGGCUUUUUUAAAAGUGUGGUGAAAAGUGCUGAUGAAGUCCUUUUUUCUGGAGUUAAGGAGGUAGAUGACUUCUUUGAGCAAGAGAAGAAUUUCCUCAUUAACUAUUAUAAUAGGAUCAAGGAUUCAUGUGCAAAAGCUGACAAAAUGACCAGAUCUCAUAAAAAUGUUGCAGAUGACUAUAUCCACACUGCAGCCUGCCUGCAUAGCCUGGCUUUAGAGGAACCCACAGUCAUCAAAAAGUACCUGUUGAAGGUUGCUGAGCUGUUUGAAAAACUUAGGAAAGUAGAGAGUCGAGUCUCCUCAGAUGAAGAUUUAAAGUUGACAGAGCUCCUUCGAUACUAUAUGCUCAACAUAGAGGCUGCUAAGGAUCUCUUAUACAGGCGUACCAAAGCCCUCAUUGACUAUGAGAACUCAAACAAAGCGUUGGAUAAGGCCCGGUUAAAAAGCAAAGAUGUCAAGUUGGCUGAGGCACACCAGCAAGAAUGCUGCCAGAAAUUUGAACAGCUUUCUGAAUCUGCAAAAGAAGAACUAAGCAAUUUCAAACGAAAGAGAGUGGCAGCAUUUAGAAAGAAUUUAAUUGAAAUGUCUGAACUGGAAAUAAAGCAUGCUAGGAACAAUGUCUCCCUCUUGCAGAGCUGCAUUGACUUGUUCAAGAACAACUGAUCUGCCUUUUCUCCGAAUGAAGGAUAUGAAUGUGAAAGCCAGCAUCACUUGCACUUAAAUCAUUACCACAGAAGAUUUAUUACCUUUGACUUUACUUUAAAAUUAUGUUAAUAAACAUUUUGAUUUCUAAAAAUCUUAACACUUAA